CCGGCUGAACAAAGACCUGAGGCACUAUCUCAACCAGCGCUUCCAGAAAGGCUCGCCGGAUCACGAUCUGCAGCAGACCAUCCGGGAUAACCUCUAUCGCCAUGCGGUGCCUUGCACAACUCGCCCUCCAAGAGAAGGAGAAGUGCCUGGUGUGGACUAUAACUUUCUGACUGUGCAGGAGUUUUUGGAGUUGGAGCGAAGUGGGACCCUUCUUGAAGUAGGAACAUAUGAAGGGAACUAUUAUGGGACGCCCAAGCCUCCGAGCCAGCCCGUCAGUGGGAAAGUGACUUCCACCGAUGCGCAGCAAAACCUGCCGCCCGGCUCCAAGCAGUCGACUCCAAAGCGGACCAAGUCUUACAAUGAUAUGCAAAAUGCUGGCAUAGUGCAUGCGGAGAAUGAGGAAGAGGAUGAUACACCUGAAAUGAGCAGUAGCUUCACAGCAGAGUCUGGUGACCAGGACGAGCACGGCACACACCUCACGCGCGCGCGGGCCCCGCCGUCUGUGAUCGAUAGCCACACCAACGUUCCCACCACGGAACCGUCUCAGAACCUCCCUCAAUACCUACCUCCUCCUGCCGAGGAUAACCUAGGUCCUCUGCCGGAAAACUGGGAGAUGGCCUACACCGAGAACGGAGAAGUCUAUUUUAUAGACCAUAAUACAAAAACAACAUCUUGGCUAGAUCCACGGUGCCUGAACAAACAGCAGAAGCCUCUAGAAGAAUGUGAAGAUGAUGAAGGGGUACACACGGAGGAACUGGACAGUGAACUAGAAUUGCCUGCUGGUUGGGAGAAAAUUGAGGAUCCCGUAUAUGGUGUCUACUAUGUAGACCACAUCAACCGGAAGACACAAUAUGAAAACCCCGUUCUUGAAGCUAAGAGGAAGAAACAGCUUGAGCAACAACAACCACCACCAGAAGAAUGGACAGAGGAGUGUCCAUCUCUCCCACCACCCGCUGCUCCAAACCAUGUUUCAAACAACCAAGAGGCAGUUCGGGAGGCACCAGUGCAAGGAAAACCCUUUUUUACCCGAAACCCUUCUGAAUUGAAAGGGAAGUUCAUCCACACGAAGCUAAGGAAAAGCAGCAGGGGAUUCGGCUUCACAGUCGUCGGAGGGGAUGAGCCGGAUGAAUUUCUCCAAAUCAAAAGUUUGGUGCUCGACGGCCCCGCAGCGCUGGAUGGCAAAAUGGAAACAGGGGAUGUCAUAGUCAGCGUGAACGAUACCUGCGUGCUGGGCCAUACCCAUGCUCAAGUGGUGAAAAUCUUCCAGUCCAUUCCCAUCGGUGCCAGCGUGGACCUUGAACUGUGCCGAGGCUACCCUCUGCCUUUCGAUCCCGAUGAUCCCAACACGAGCCUGGUUACGUCCGUGGCAAUUUUGGAUAAAGAGCCGAUCAUUGUCAACGGGCAGGAAAAUUAUGACUCUCCAGCGAGCCACAGUAGUAAAACGGGGAAGGUGAAUGGCCCAAAGGAAGCGAGGCCAAGCAGCCCCGCUGAAGUCUCUUCCAAUGGCUCCCAUAGCUACCCCAACGAUACAGUCUCUUUGGCAUCUUCAAUAGCAACGCAGCCUGAACUCAUAACUGUGCAUAUAGUGAAGGGGCCUAUGGGCUUUGGGUUUACUAUAGCGGACAGUCCCGGUGGGGGUGGCCAAAGAGUGAAACAAAUCGUGGACAGCCCACGGUGCCGAGGCCUGAAGGAGGGCGACCUCAUCGUGGAAGUCAACAAGAAGAAUGUGCAGAGCCUCACUCACAACCAGGUGGUGGAUAUGCUGAUUGAAUGUCCCAAGGGAAGUGAAGUCACGUUGCUGGUGCAGCGAGGAGGACUGCCGGCCCCGAAGAAGAGCCCCAAGUCGCAACCACUUGAGAGGAAAGACAGCCAGAACAGUUCUCAGCACAGCGUCUCCAGCCACCGCAGCGGGCACACGGCUUCGCCCGUGCACAGCACGCAGGCGCUGCCCGACUACGCGGCCUCCGACGCGCCGCCCGCCGACCAGCCGGACAACCCUGGGCAGAAAAAGCCGGAUCCGUUCAAAAUCUGGGCCCAGUCCAGGAGCAUGUAUGAAAGCCGACCUAUGUCACCUUCGCCUGCAGCUGGACUGAGCAAGGGGGAAAGAGAGAGAGAAAUCAAUUCCACGAAUUUUGGAGAAUUUCCAGAUUAUCAAGAGCAGGAUAUCUUUCUUUGGAGAAAGGAAACUGGCUUUGGAUUUAGGAUUCUUGGUGGAAAUGAGCCUGGCGAACCUAUUUACAUCGGUCACAUCGUGCCGCUGGGCGCUGCGGACGCGGACGGCCGUCUGAGGUCGGGCGAUGAGCUCAUCUGCGUGGAUGGGACACCCGUUGUUGGAAAAUCGCACCAGCUUGUCGUCCAGCUUAUGCAACAGGCAGCCAAGCAGGGUCACGUCAACCUGACCGUCAGGCGCAAAGUCGUUUACACAGUUCCCAAGGCAGAGAACGAAGUCCCAUCCCCAGCCUCGUCCCACCACAGCAGCAACCAGCCGGCCUCGCUGACGGAGGAGAAGCGGACCCCGCAGGGCAGCCAGAACUCGCUCAACACCGUCAGCUCAGGCAGCGGCAGCCCCAGCGGCCAACGCAGCGGGGGGAUCCGCCGCGGCGAAAACGAGGGCUUCGGCUUCGUCAUCGUGUCCUCCGUGAGCCGGCCGGAGGCGGGGACGACGUUUGCGGGAAAUGCAUGUGUGGCCAUGCCUCACAAAAUAGGUCGGAUAAUUGAAGGGAGUCCCGCCGACCGCUGUGGCAAGCUGAAAGUAGGAGACCGGAUCUUGGCCGUGAAUGGAUGCUCCAUCACCAACAAAUCGCAUUCAGACAUCGUCAACCUAAUUAAAGAGGCAGGAAACACCGUUACCCUGCGCAUCAUUCCAGGAGAUGAAUCCUCCAAUGCUACUUUAUUGACCAAUGCAGAAAAAAUUGCUACAAUUACAACCACACAUACUCCUCAGCAAAUACCACAGGAGACCAGGUCAGAUUAUUUUCCUUGAGGAGAGCAUCAUUUAACUUUCUGUUGAACUGUGCCUGUGUUGUCUUCCCCCCAGCAGGAUCAAGAUUUUUAUACUGUUGAGCUGGAAAGAGGAGCCAAAGGGUUUGGCUUUAGCCUGCGAGGUGGCCGGGAGUAUAAUAUGGAUCUGUACGUGUUGCGGCUGGCUGAGGAUGGUCCGGCUGAGAGAUGUGGGAAGAUGAGGAUUGGUGAUGAAAUCUUAGAAAUCAACGGGGAGACUACCAAGAACAUGAAGCACGCCCGGGCCAUAGAACUGAUUAAAAACGGUGGCCGCAGGGUCCGCCUGUUUCUGAAACGUGGAGAUGGCUCGGUCCCAGAAUAUGCGAUGAUACCUCCUAAUAUCGCUGCAUGUAUGAGAAAUGACAAGCUCGGGGAGUCUUGCUUCUACCUUAUGGGCCAUAAUCAAACUACGACCCCAGCAGUGACAGGAGCGGCGCCGCCGCCGCAGGUGCACAAAAUGUAUCGGAAAUGAGGCUGGCACCGUGCGACCGACGGCAGCACCCAUCAUCGGAGUCCAGUUAUCCACCAGACCUUCACAAACCAUCACCACACGGGGACGGGCGGGCUUACGCUAGAGACCUGAGAGGCAGCAGGGAGGC